AUGCCUCCUAAGAAUAAAGGGGGCUCGCGGGGCAAAGCUGCCGAACCUAAGCAAGAGGAGCCCAAGAAACCGCAGACUGUCCGAGAACUCGAGUGGCAGCGGUACUAUGCUACAAACCCCUACCAGAAGGCCUACGAAGAGCACGGUCUCAGUGGCAUGACCCCGGCUGACCGACAAGCCUACUGCGACCAAGAGUAUCUGAAACCGGGGAGGGUAAAGACGCUCUCGAACAAAGCCCAGAGGGAGUUUUGGAAGCGGGUGAACGAGGCCAACAUUCCCUUUCGCAGCCUGCCCCGGCCGAGCGACGACCAGUGGGGCCGCGACAAGAACGGCCGAGACAUCGGGGAUUACACCCUCGAGGAGUACGCUGCGUACGGAGAAAAGAAAGACAGAUACCUGCGCUUGUUCUACGACAGCAUAUUCUUCAAAUCCAGCAACGCGAGGGCCUACGACGCUCCACGACGCGACGGCGCGCAUCCUAUAUACACCUGCUCGGACGAACAAUUGGACGUCGAAAGGGCCAGGCGACAAGAGAUGGCCGAGUUAAAGAGAGAACUCUACGGGCAGAGGCUGAGUCCGUAUUCGCUGGAUCCCGACUGGGACGAUGUCACGCCUAUACCCCAGUCAGAGCCCGAGGGAGCUCUCGCAGCGAUAGCGUAUCCCGAGGACUACGCCGAGGCAAUGGGUUACCUCCGCGCUGUAAUGGCGUCCAAGGAACACACGCCACGCUGCCUGAGACUCACCGAAGAUAUCAUAGCGAAAAACCCCGCCCACUACACCGUCUGGCUCUACCGAUUCGCCAUCAUACAGCAUCUCAAUAUUUCGAUUCCGGACGAGAUCGAGUGGCUGAACGACGUCUCGCUCAACUACAUCAAGAACUACCAGAUUUGGAACCACCGACAGCUGCUAAUGGACCACUACUACCCGACCAUCGCGACGUCGGCCUCGGAUGUGGCUGCACUUGCAGAGAGCGAGCGGGCGUUCAUGACGCGCAUGCUGGCGCUAGACGCAAAGAACUACCACGUUUGGACAUUCCGGCAGUACCUCGUGCGCAAGUUGGGGAUGUGGGGCGACGUCGAGCGGCAGAGCACCGAGAGCCUGAUCCACCUCGACGUGCGCAAUAAUUCGGCGUGGUCUCACCGUUUCUUCGUCGUCUUCUCGGACCCGGCCUACACGACGCCCGGCUCCCACGCGACGGAGCACGACCCGAAGGUGCCGGCAGACGUCGUCGACCGCGAGAUCGCAUACACACAGGACAAGAUCAUGCUGGCGCCGCAGAACCAGAGCCCGUGGAACUAUCUGCGGGGCGUGCUGAUCAAGGGCGGGAGGAAGCUCGGCACCGCGAGGGAGUUCAGCGGCCAUUUCGUCAAGAACCUGGGUGACGACAACGCCGAGGAGGUGCGCAGCUCCCACGCGCUCGACCUCCUAGCUGACAUCUACAAGGAGGCCGGCGAGAAGGAGCAGGCGUUGCUAUGCCUGACGAGACUGUCGUUCAAGUGGGACCGCAUCCGCCGGGGCUACUGGGAAUAUAGGAAAGGCUUGCUCGACCAAUCCUGA